AUGACCUCUUCUAAAUUUAGUACGCUGCCAGCGUUGAGGAGGCAACAUCUCCUAGUCGAGUUUGCUGGACUUAAGCAAGCUUGUCCCGAAGGCGUCUUCGUAAGCCUUACACCUGGUGACCCUACCCUUUGGUCUGGCGUUUUGUUUGUACGGGAUGGUCCUUACGCCCCAGCCGUACUACGAUUUCAGAUAUCCUUCCCCGACUCGUAUCCCAGGUUACCACCAUUGGUUACUUUCGCGACCGAUAUGUUCCAUCCCUUGAUUACCCCCCUAAGCACUUAUAUGUACUCCACCGACGUCCAAGACAAUGGAACCGUAAGUGCAUCAGAUGCCGAGCGGCUGCCACCCGGAGGAUUCAGCCUGAGGCAUGGGUUCCCCGACUGGUUUAGGCGCUCAAGUCGGGGUCCAAAUGCCAGUCCAAGGCCGUCUAGUGGACAGCGAGAGGGCCUCCAAACUCCUCAUAGACCGCCUCCACCAUCCAUGAGUAGCGCAGAGACCCCCGGAUCAAAGGGCUCUGCUGUCGGUAGUUCCCCAGGUUUUGCCGAAACAAGUAUCAAAGAGGCUUCUACCUAUGAAGUUAUUCGGUACAUACGAAGCACAUUCAACGACGAGGACGUUUUGGAUUCGAUCCCUCUCGAAGCUGCAGGUAAUCCUGGCGCGUGGCAUGCGUGGCGGACACAUCAGGCCGAGAAUGGGAAAGUGCUCACUGAUACGCAUAGUGAUGUUGACACUAUAGGCUCGAGUUCUGAUGUAGCGCAGUCUCCUGAACCGCAAAGGAAACCAGGUGAUUGGAAUUGGGAAGGCGUAUGGGAGGAACGGGUUAAGAAGGCAGUAUCUGUAAGUCUCUCUGAGCCAGUACUGUUUGGCGGAGUGGGUGCUACUGACGAUAUAAUUCGUUUUUUAAGUAUGGAGGAAAAUGACGUGGAAACUGCAAAAGAUAAUCUCUUGCGGACCUUAGGUGACGAAUCUUGA